CAACCGAUCAGUGUAUGUUCGUCGCUUCAUCAACCAACAUGCACGCUUAAUCCAUAAAAAAUUAACUCAAACAUAAUUUUUAAAAAUAUUUUAAAAUCAUGUGUGACAUAAGCCAUUCGCGUAAAUCCAUCGUGUUCGUGUUAUUCACAAUAAUCCUUAGUGUCGCAUCAGAAGCGCAAUUAGAUUUCGAUCAGAACAAUCGCGUGCAAUUUUCUAACGCCGGAAAUACCGGUAAUAUCGCCAAUAAUAACCCGCAAGACACAAAUAAUCCGAGUUAUUUUAACUAUGACCGAAGCGAUAGUUAUGAUCGGGAUACAUACGAUCGAAACACAAAUUUCGAUCGGAAUUUAAACUACAACGAACGUCAGGAUCAGCCACGCUAUGAUCAAAAUCCUCAACGUGUGAAUGAUCCGAAUUUUCGCCAGGAAGAUCCACGAUAUGAAAAUAGUUACCGUGGUGAUAUACGACAAUUAUUGCAAGCUCUAGACCUGCAAUCAUCGCAACAAUGCACGAGUAAUGUGGCAGCGCAGUGGAACUUCGAGACGAAUGUCAAUCAAGUCACACAACUUGAAGCGUUAAACGCUCAGCAAUUAUAUUCCGAUUUUCAACACGGCGUCUGGGAGCUGUUCACUCGUGUCCGUAACGCCAACAUCCCCGACAUUACAACUUAUCGCCAGAUACGAUUUAUGAGCGUCGUGGGGCCAGCAGCACUGCCACCAGAUCAACUCGAUCGGUACAAUCGUUUGAUCAACGACAUGCUAUCAGUCUACAAUCAGGCAUCAAUUUGCGCCCUCAACGAGCCAUUCCGAUGCGGAUUACGUCUGCAACCAGAUUUGUCACACAUAAUGGCGAACAGCCGGAACUGGGAAGAAUUACAACACGUUUGGACUGAAUGGAGGCGGCAAACAGGCCACCACGUCAAAGAAAGCUAUGAACAAUUAGUACAUUUAUCAAAUGAAGCCGCACGACUCAACAAUUUUAGUGACACUGCGGAAUAUUGGAACUUCCCGUUUGAAUCCCCAAGCUUAAACUUGGAUCUAGAAGACGCAUGGGAAGAGAUCAAACCGCUUUAUGAGUUAUUACACGCUUAUGUACGCAGGCGAUUGAGGGACUUCUACGGACCGGAAAAGAUCAAUAGACAAGCACCACUUCCGGCUCAUAUUUUGGGUAACAUGUGGGCACAAUCCUGGACGAAUAUAUUUGAGAUUUCACAGCCAUAUCCAGGCCGGAAUUAUUUAGAUGUCGGACCGGAAAUGAUUAGACAAGGUUAUGCACCAGUGGACAUCUUUCGUCUGGCAGAAGAUUUCUUUGUUUCAAUGAACAUGACACCACUUCCCAAUGAUUUCUGGGCGAGUUCCAUCUUAGAAGAACCUCAAGACCGUGUGGCGGUGUGUCAACCGAGUGCUUGGGACUUUUGUAACAGUCGUGACUUUAGAAUAAAAAUGUGUACGAAAAUAACAAUGAAGGAUUUGAUAACCGCCCACCAUGAAAUGGCGCACAUACAUUACUUCAUCAAUUAUAGAAAUCAACCGAAAGUGUUCCGCGACGGUGCGAAUCCAGGUUUUCACGAGGCGAUUGGUGAAGCAAUAGGUUUAUCUGUAGGCACGCCGCGCCAUCUACAAGUACUAGGACUAUUACAGAACUCUGUAGAUGACGGCGCUGUCGAUAUAAACUACUUAUAUCAAAUGGCACUUGAUAAAAUUGCUUUCCUACCUUUUGCGUACGCCAUGGACAAGUGGAGGUAUUCCAUCUUCAAAGGAGAGAUUAAUAAAGAUCAAUACAACUGCGAAUGGUGGCGAAUCAGAGAGGAGUAUACCGGUAUAAAACCACCUGUGCUGCGUUCUGAAAUGGAUUUCGACCCCGGUGCGAAGUACCAUGUGCCAGCAAACAUACCAUAUCUAAGAUAUUUCGUGAGCACCAUUCUGCAAUUCCAAAUCUAUCGCUCUUUGUGCCAGGCGGCGGGACAGUACGAUCCGGCGGAUUUAUCAAGGCCAUUGCACAAGUGCGACAUAUACCGGAGUCGUGAUGCUGGCCGCAUUUUAAGUAAUCUAAUGGAAAAGGGAUCUUCUUUACCAUGGGCUGACACUUUGUAUCAAGCUACAGGUGAGACCCGGAUUAGUGGUGCGGCGUUAAGGGAAUAUUUCCGGCCCUUGGAGGAUUGGCUCCGAAAUGAAAACCUACGCACACAGGAAUACGUCGGUUGGUUGUAUGAUGGUGAUUAUUGUAAGCAAAGCAUCGAAACAGCUGGUUUGCAAGUGUAUGGUGGGUUCUAUAACUCGGCACCACAAACUGUCAAUAGUAAUUUGUUGGUUAUGUUGUCUGUGCUAGGGAUUAUCACGUGGAAUAGAUAUUGAUUGUUUUUGUCUCGGUUUUUAUUUUUGAAAUUAAGUAAUCCGGUUCUUUUCGCUUUCGGUUGUCGGUUUUCUUCUUGAUACACAUUUCGUAUCCGCUACACAAGUGUAACAGUAACAUAUGCGGCAUGUCGAUUUUUCGGAGAAAGUUUUUGUCAAUUUUGAACGUGCGCGCCGUCAGGGAAUUUUUUUACGUCUAUGUCACGCACCGCACUUGUAAUUAUUUGCAAAAUCGUGGAAUAUUGCACAAGAUAUUGUCAAAACAUACAAAUACAUCCGUUCAAUUAACUUAAGUAAGUAAUUUAAGUCGUUUAAGGUCACCGGGUUUUUUCUUCUUUGACAAUACUUGAUUGUUUGAUUGUUUUUUUCAUUUCUAACCUAAAUUAUGCUCUACUUUUGUAAAAAUUUAAAAAAAUUACAAAUUGCGUCUGCCAUCUGUUGAUCUAUUGAUUAAUUAUAAACUCUUGAAAUUUAAAUCGUUUUGGGAGCGAAAUUAAUAGAUACCUAACGAAAUUUCUAAAAUUCUUAAGCAACUAAUAACGGUCGAAAUUUUCACAAAACGCAUGCCACGGAUGCUGGCUGAGAGCCCGUAACUAAUUCCGGUCUUUAAUAUUAAGUCUCCGAACGUUUAAUUAUAGUGUUACAUGAAUACGAAGCAUUUAACUAUUUUUUUGUUGUUCACAAAACGCCGAAAAAAUACAAUAAUGUUAGACACGCUUUGUUGAACAUGUUUAGUUGAAUCAAUAACGAUUGCAACGCGUGAGUAAACACAUUUCUUUUUAAAUAAUAAUGAUUUUGGUGUAAGUGUAAGAAAUAAUUGUAUAUGAUGUAUAAAUAGUCAUAGUUUAAGAUAGAAUUUUAUACUUUUUAUUCGCGUGUACUUGUAUUAUAAUAUAAUUUGUUAUUAAGUGAAAAUAAACAGAACGUAAGCAAAA